AUGGAGAAAGUAAAGGUGAUUCAGGAUAGGCCUAAGACUGCCCGAAUUCGCCAAAAGUCCUAUGCAGGCAUGAGGAGAAGAGAAUUGGAGUUUGAUGUGGUGGGAAAUGUUGCUUAUGAGUUAGAAUUGACUAUGAGUUUAGGUUCUAUUCACCCUCUGUUUCACGUUUCCAUGUUGAUGAAAUGCGUAGGUGAUCCUUCCUUAGUGGUGUCUAUUAAGAAUGUUGGUGUCUCAGAUUUCUUAUCUUAUGAAGAGGUUCCAAUAGAGAUCUUAGAUAGACAAGUUCGUAGGUUGCGGACUAAAGAUGUAUCGUUGGUAAAGGUCCUUUUGAGGAAUCAUAAAGUAGAAGAAGCCACUUGGGAGGCGAAAGAGGAUAUUAAGGCUAAGUAUCCAUUUCUAUUUCAUGUGGCGGAUGAAGAAGCUUGA